AUCGCGUUUUGCGUUGUUUGGAUUACAAUGCUCCAAAGUAGAAAUAAAAUAAAGUCGGUUGAAAAAGUGAAGGUCACUGCAAUUCUCGCGUAAUUAUAUUUCAGAUUAGAAAGUACUAGUAUUGAUGCAAUGGCGGCAAGGAAUAAAGUUGAAAAAAUAAAUACCAGUGUUGAUACCGAUUAUAUUAGUCAUACAUCAAUAGAACAACUACCUGAUUUUUGUUUAGAUCGAAUAUUUCAAAACUUCAGUAUUUAUGAUAGAAUAAGAAUCGAGAGGGUCUGUAAACGUUGGCAACAUGUGAGUAAAGAUUCGUGGUACACAGUCACAAAAUUAGACUCCAUUCUUCCACAUAUUGAAAAUAUAGGAAGAGUGGAAAGAAGUUUAACCACUGAUCGUUAUAUCUUGAGACAAGUUUUAAAUCGCUGCGGCAAAUACUUGCUAUCGCUCGAUUUGAGGAAAGAGGAAGAAUCCCGACGUUAUGGAGAAGUUACGGUACCCGUUAUUAUUUCGGAAACUUGUCAAAAACUUCAAGUUCUCAACCUCUCGUGUUAUGUAAUAGAGGUGAAAUCAUUUUUAAGAAUGAUUCCCGUAUGUGAAAAUUUAACAAAAAUACUUUUCGCCCUCUUGGGCGAUGCCCAAGAUUGUGAAGAUGCAAUUAUUAAAUUAUUGAGAAAGACGAGGAAAAUGAAACACUUUUGGACUCAUUAUGCUGUAGUUCACUUCGAUUCUUUUCCUGACAGUAUAGAGGAAUUCCGACUAGAUGGGUGCACUAUUAAAUCUUCUCCGAAUCCAACUAAUUUCGACAACUUGCACACACUUGUUCUGAGAAAACCUAAAAAUUUCAAUGACACCUCUCUUGAGAUAAUAUCCGGAAUGAGUAAUUUAAAAUCUCUGAAGCUGAGUUUUAUACGCAGUCACAGUCAAGUUACAAGUAACGGAAUGAAGCACCUAAGCAACCUAAAAAAUCUCCAGAAAUUAGAUAUUCGUGGCAAUCGCCAGUCUUUUACAGACGAGGUAAUGAAGGAAAUAGCUGGAAACUGCAAACAAAUUGUUUUCCUCAACAUAUCACAUAAUCAUUUGACGGAGCGAGGCAUUUCGGAACUGUCGAAAUUAAAGGAACUUCGGUACUUAACAAUGCGAAACUUGACCGGAGUAAGAGGCGAAAAUCUGUGGAGAUUGAGUACUCUAGAAAUUUUGAAUUGCAGUUACUGUUACGACAUUAAAACUGAAAACUUGUGCACUUUAGUCGAACGGUCGGUCGAUCUGAAAAAGAUCGUCUGUUUAGGUUGCAAUAUCAAUGAUAAUCUCUUAGAAGUUGCUGCGGAUGCAACAGCACGCCGAGGAAAUGAGACUGUUUUAAACAUUUGUUUCGAUUUCACAAUGUCGCCUGAAAAGAUUGCUGAAAUUGUAAAUAGAUCUCCAAAAUUGAGGAUAUAUGGCUAUAAUAUAGCUUUAGAAAUAAAGCACGAAAGUGAGAAUUGCGAUGGUCGUUUUAAGGACGAUGAUUGGUAUGAUAGUAUGUCUAUGGAAUAUGAUAUGACAGAUGUUGAUACUGAUGAUGCCACUGAUAUUGAAAAUGAUGCUGAAUCUGAUGAUGAGGAUUUAUUAAUGUCAGUCGCAAACGAGAGUGAGUACGAAGAUGAAUCUGAAAAUGUUGAAAUCUCGGAAAACGAAGAUCUAUCUGAAAACGAAAUUGAAUCUGAGGAAUAGACAUCAGCCUUUAUGAAUAUUAUUGUUGAUUAAUCAUUGUGUCUGAUAAAUUCGGGCCCGAACAGAUCACGCAACGUGGCGAGUGGAAAACUGUCCCAAAUAAGGAAACUAUGAACCCUUCGUACACCUUUCUUACAUUUUUUAAAUUCAUGCUUCUACUUUAGCCUCUAACCACGAAGGAAUAAUAAGGAGACC